AUGCCUAAUGAAUCAGUCUGUGCCACGGUGCUUCAGAUCCUGGUUCCGUUCCUCCUGGCAGGCUUAGGGACUGUAAUGGCUGGCAUGCUGUUGGAUGUAGUGCAGCACUGGGAUGUGUUUCAGACCGUUACUGAGAUUUUCAUCCUGGUGCCAGCAUUGCUUGGCCUGAAAGGGAACCUGGAGAUGACGCUGGCAUCAAGACUCUCUACAGCGAUGAAUACUGGCAGAAUGAACUCCCCAAGAGAGAAGUGGAACUUGAUCAUUGGAAAUCUUGCUCUCAAGCAGGUUCAGGCUACUGUGCUGGGCUUCCUUGCUGCCCUGGCAGCUUCAGCGCUUGGAUGGGUUCUUGAUGAGAAGCUUGUAAUGAACUAUGCAGCACUGUUAUGCUGCAGCAGUGUUGUGACAGCAUUCACAGCAUCAUUGUUGCAAGGUAUCAUUAUGGUAGGAGUAAUUAUUGUCUCAAAGAGAGCAGGUAUCAACCCUGAUAACAUAGCAACACCAAUGGCAGCCAGCUUUGGUGACCUCAUCACUCUGGGGCUCCUUGCUGUCAUCAGUCAAGGGUUCUUACACUGCGUUGAGCCCUCCCCCUGUGUUGUCUAUGUGGUGUGUGUUCUCUUUCUGUGUCUGACGCCAGUCUGGGUAAUAAUUUCGUUUUGUCACCCUGAGAGCCGCAGGCUGCUGUACUGCAGCUGGGAGCCCAUAAUCACAGCCAUGGUCAUCAGUAGCCUGGGAGGACUCAUUUUGGACAGAGCCAUGACUGAUCCAAACCUAAUGGGAGUAGUGCUUUACACACCUGUUAUUAAUGGUGUUGGCGGUAACCUGGUGGCCAUUCAGUCCAGUCACAUAGCUACAUACCUUCAUUUUUACUGUUCCUUGGGGGAACUGCCUGAGCACGCCAAAGGCUGUUACUGUCCGUCCCACACCUUUUAUGGCAAAGGCCCCACCAGCAGAACUGCUCAGGUGUUGCUGCUCCUGGCCAUCCCAGGCCAUUUGAUCUUUCUCUACAUCAUUUAUCUCAUGCAAGGUGGCCACACAAGCCCAACAGCAACCUUCAUCACUCUUUACUUAGUAGCAGCUUUUACACAGGUAUUUCUGCUGCUGUGCAUUGCUGACUGGAUGGUUCACUGCUUGUGGAGGUAUGGCCGAGACCCAGACAGCUUUGCUAUUCCCUAUCUGACAGCUCUAGGAGAUCUGUUGGGCACUGCUCUGCUGGCUUUGUGUUUUUACCUACUUCCGGUUAUCACUGAUGAGGAUAAUCAUUUGGGUGACUGAAUGUUUUUUACCAUUAUUUUAAUGACCUACAUCUUAAAGUGUACCCCUUCCACAAACACAGUUUUCAUAAUUUCAUAUUUUUGUUAGUUUUAUUAAAUUUUAUUAUCACUCUUUGUAACACUCUGCCCUUGUCACAUGACAGUGUCACAGUGGACAUUAGCCACGUUUACAUGCAGCCUGAUAAUCCGUUAAUAAUCCGACUGAUAGCUCAAUUGGAAUAGAAUACGUCCAUGUAAACUCUUAAAUCGGAAUAGUCUAAUCCGACUGAGGCCAUUCGCAAUACAAUUUCUAUCCGAUUGAACGAGGUGGGUAAUCCUUUAAAUAAUCAGUUAAAUAGAGGAAUAAUAGCCAUGUAAACGCCUUUAUCGGAUUACAUUUCCAAUCGGAACAUGUAAGUACGUUCUGCGCAUGUGCGUCGCGUCAUAUCAACAGCACAGAACUGAUAAACCGGCUCUGGCAAAA